UAUAAAUACUGCCGGGAUCCCUCGCCAGCCCUUACUCAUCUUUCAGUUCGGGUCUGAGAAGCCACUCCUCCAGCAGCGGACUUCAUUCAGAGGGACAACUGCUUCUUUUUAAUCCCGGCGGUUGUGUCUAAUGGACAAACUCUUUGUAAAUGCUUUUUAAGAAUCAUAACUCUAGGAGAUCACACACUGGCUACUCAGCAGGCCCUGGCCUUGAGUCUUAUCUGAAGGGGUUUAACUUCACUGGUGAACCACCUUGGCUUCUCUGCACCUGAGGAACAGCAGCACUAAAUUCCAUCUCUUUUGUAUUAAAUUUACUUGUGAGUAAACAAAAGGACUUGUUGUUACCAUGAACACUGCAACUCCCACUGAGUUUGAAUUCCCUUUCCUGGAGGAGGGUUUCACUGCCCGGGAUGUUGUUGAGCAGAAGAUCAAUGAAUCAUCCAUGACGGAUGAGAGAGAUGCCUUCUACGUCUGUGACUUGGGGGAUGUGCUUAAGAAACACCUGCGCUGGAUGAGGGCCCUGCCUCGCAUCACUCCUUUCUAUGCUGUCAAAUGCAAUGACAGUCGGACAGUCGUAACAACACUGGCAUCCCUGGGAACUGGAUUUGACUGUGCGAGCAAGACGGAAAUUGCGAUGGUUCAGUCUCUGGGAGUGGAUCCAAGCAGAAUCAUCUAUGCCAACCCCUGUAAGCAAGUUUCGCAGAUCAAGUAUGCGUCUGCCCAUGGGGUCCAGAUGAUGACCUUUGAUAGCGAAGUGGAACUCAUGAAAGUGGCCCGUUGUCAUGACAAUGCCAAGCUGGUGCUGCGUAUUGCCACAGAUGACUCAAAGGCAGUGUGUCGUCUGAGUGUGAAGUUUGGGGCCCAGCUCAAAUCUUGUCGAGGUCUUCUGGAGCGGGCUAAAGAACUGGGACUGAACGUGAUCGGUGUCAGCUUCCAUGUUGGCAGUGGCUGUACUGAUUCCAAGACCUACAUGCAGGCCAUCGCUGAUGCUCGCUGUGUUUUCCAUAUGGGCGAUGAGCUCGGCUUCAACAUGGAUCUCUUGGACAUUGGUGGUGGGUUCCCUGGUUCCGACAAUGUUGAACUCAAAUUUGAGGAGAUCACAGCUGUAAUCAACUCUGCCCUGGACAAGUAUUUCCCUGCUGACUGUGGUGUUAAGGUCAUCGCUGAGCCAGGACGCUUUUAUGUAGCUUCUGCUUACACGCUAGUUGUCAACAUCAUUGCCAAGAAGGUCAUAAUGGAUGAGGAUUCAGUCUCUGAUGAUGAAGACGAAGGGACCAAUGACAGGACUCUGAUGUACUAUGUCAACGAUGGAGUGUACGGAUCUUUCAACUGUAUACUCUAUGACCACGCUCAUUGUUUGCCAAUACUGCACAAGAAGCCAAAGCCAGAUGAGAUCAUGUACCCCUGCAGCAUCUGGGGCCCAACUUGUGAUGGUCUUGAUCGCAUUGUUGAGCAGUGUUACCUGCCUGACAUGCAAGUGGGCGACUGGCUGGUCUUCGAAAACAUGGGUGCCUACACCGUGGCUGCCUCCUCCACCUUCAAUGGUUUCCAAAGACCUGACCUUCACUAUGUCAUUUCCCGUCCUGCUUGGCAACACGUGCAGCAGAUCUGUCUGCAGGGCAUGCCAGCCCCUGCGGAGGAGUCUCGCUUGUUCGAGGUGUCUGCAGGCUGUGGCCAAGAGAGCAGCUUGGAGAUGCCUACCAAGCCUUGCCAGGCCCGUGUUGUUUAAACAUAUCUAGCAUCCUUUGUUUUCAAAUAUUGGACAAGAUUCUUUUGGGGGGUUUUCCCCUGCUUUCUCCCCAAAUGUAUGUGAACGUUUAAGGCCAGUUACUUGACAGGAGAAUGAGAGGGGCAUGUUGUUGUACACAAUUUCUCUGUUCUGUAUGGAAGCUGGAGAUCAACCCUCAAUGUAAUGAGGCUAAAUCACACUCUGAGUGUCUCUAUGGGUGUAAAAAAGGCAACACUGCACUUGAAUGUGUUAGUGCAGCCUUCUUGCCCUAGUCAGGGGAAAUGACUGUGGGAAUUAGAUCUUGAAGAAUCUGCUGAAUAGAAAGUCGAUUGCUAAAUAUAUCACAAAACCACUUUGAUGAAGGUUCCUCAUCACCAUUGGUCUCAACAUUUGGACAAAAUCUUUUUUCAAGGGUUACCGGUGCUUUUAAUUUAUAAUGUUAAAAUAUAAUGGCAAAUUGCUUAACAGCUGAAGUCACAUCCCUUGCUAGUAACUCGCAAAGAGGUGAUUGGAGGGGUGAUUUAAUUCCUUAAAUGGCUGCUAUGUUAAUAUUUAUCUUUUCCAUGAUCUCCACUUUUGUACAGAACUCCACAAGUGUUAAUCCUUAAGAUGUUAACGCAUCAAGAAACACCAUAUUAUUUUAAUGUCGUUCUACAUUUCAUUAAGUAUUUAAUGUGUGUCUCGUAAAUUUUUCUCUGCUGCUCAUCGCCAGAACCAUUUCAAAUGCAAAGUUUAAAUGUGUAUGCUCACAGGAAAUACCUGUAAAUAUGUGCAUGAAUCCUGUUCUGUAUGUAAAAACACCAUAUGGUAUGACUGAUCUAAAAUGGCUGCAGCAAAUGAAACAAUUUGUCAAGCAACAAUACAGAUACUUACACUUAAUUGGCAUCUCAGCCCCCCAUAUCCUCAUAUUUUUCCUGAUUAGUGGACACAACGGGUGCCACACAAAUCUUCAAGAUUAACACUUAAAACACAGGGACUCAAGAAGCAGACUGCACCCCUUCUCUUCUCCUAUUAUUCUCUUUUUAUGUUUUGUAACUUUUAAAAGGCAAGAAAUCUAUUUGUGAUAUUAAUAACAUGUUUAACCACACAUGGCAUAGACACAAAAGAGAUGGGAUUGCAAUUUCAUUGAGCUUUCCUGUGGAAACAUUUAGAAGUUUUGUAUUUUUUUAAUAAAGAAAACAUUAGGUGCAGAGUCAAA